AUGGUUAAAGCAUUAAUAGCAGUGACGUCGCAUCAUGAUGCAUUUUACGAGAACGGGUCCAAAACCGGGGUUUUUGUGAGCGAAGCAUUGCAUCCAUUUUUGGUAUUUAAGGAUAACAAUAUAGAAUCAGAUUUUGUAUCUGAGAAUGGAACAUUUGGGUAUGAUGUAAACUCCCUUGAUCCCAUGUUUCUUAAUGGAAAGGAUUUGAAUGUGUUCAAUAAUAAAAGCUCUGAUUUUAAUGUCUCAAUUUCCAACAUGAAGAAAGCUGCACAAAUCGAUCCGGACGAGUAUCAGAUUAUAUUUUUUUCUGGUGGUCAUGGUACAGCAUUUGACUUUCCCCAAGCAAAAGGCUUGCAUAAGAUAGCGCAACAAAUUUGGAAAAAUAAUGGCAUAAUAGCAGCUGUCAGCCACGGCUGCACUAUUUUUGAUGGUUUAUAUGACCCAAAAAACCCCAAUAAAUUAUUGGUUGAAAGUAAAACAAUUACUGGAUUUACUCAUGAGGGAGAAGAAAUUAUUGGUGUUGAUCGAACUUUAAAAAAAGAUCAUUUAGGCUCCAUUGAGGAGCUAUGUAAGAAAUUAGGUGCAAAUUUUAGUAGGCCAGAUGCUCCCUUUGAAGAGCAUAUAAUAACUGAUGGUAGAAUUGUAACAGGUUCUAAUCCAGCAUCUGCUGUAUCAACUGCCCUUAAAGCUGUUGACUUAGUGGGUUCAUGA